AUGGCGCGUUUCAAGUGCCGGCAUGCUGGCGAUUGGGGAUAUGAAAACGGUGCUCAGUUCAUGGACGCCGAGUACGAUCGUGCCUGCGGAAUGGUGAUGCCUGGAGCGCUCUGUGCACAACAGUAUGCUCCACAGCCCGAUCAGUCGGGGUGGCUGGAUCCUUACCAGCUGCCGCUGCCUGUAGUGCUGCUGCGUAGUGGCCACCGGAUGCCCAUGGACCAGCGAAGUGUGGACGUCCAUCGGGAGCAGGACGAGCACACGCCGCACCUGGCCGACAUUGGGCUUGGAAUUCCCAUCCAUACCCUUUCCAACUUCUUGCCCCGUGCCAAUGUGCGCUGGUGCAGUGAUGUGGACAGGGAGCAGGCCCAGUGCACUGGAAAAUGCGCAAAGGAAAAUCCAGAGACUGGAAAAGAAGAGCAGGUGCAAGACCUGCAGUCUGCCAUUGAGAUCUUGGAACAGGAGCAUCUGGCCAACCAGGAAGAGCUCUGCAGCUGCAAGGCAAGUGAUCAGUUCUUAUUCUCAGAAAAAGUUGAGAUGGGAGUUCCCCUGGAGAGGUGCAGCAAAGUGGAGCCACCGCUGGCAGGCCUAUGCGAUGCCGAGGAGCCAGUGACGACGGAGGGCGCGCCUCCAACUGCUGCGGCGCGGCCACAGCUGCCGCUCUGCAAAGACAGCGCCUCCAACGACCGGGACGGCCAUCCGUCUGGCGGCUUCCAUCUGGCUGCGCCGACACCCCGGUCUGAGCAGCGCCAGGAUGAAACGAUUGCAAAGCCUGCCAAAAAGCAAAGAAUCAGCAUCGGCAGCAACGACAGCACCUGCUUUCCCUCCGACGAUGAAGAGGAUUCCUGCGACGAUGAGCAGCAAUGCGGUGACGAUCGGCCAGCCUCGGCCCAGACAGAGGCUGCCGAUCGCCACGCUAUCGACGAGGGGAGGUCUACGGCUGAUGCGGCGUGCCAGACAGGCGGCGAGGACUGCACCGUCGGACCGCAGACUCGGCCCAAGGCGCUCGAAGGCAUCGAGGUCCGCGUCGGGGAAUGCUCUCCCUACGACCUCCAUGUGCCAAACCUGCUGCCGUAUCUGAGCGUGCAGGAGUUGCUGAGCUGGCGCCUGGUUUCGCGACGCACCAGAAGCCCCGAGGCCUUGCUAGAGCACUUGGAAGAGAUGGGCAGCAUGGCCCACGUCGGUUGUCGCUUUUGCGGAAACGGCGGAAGUGAGGGGCCGCAAUCCGGAGACAUCGUUCGCGGCAGCCUUCGGAGGCGAUGCCAAGCAGCAGAAGCUGUACGAGUGUCGGUGUUGGUGUAUGGCCUUAUCAUCCGAGAGACAGACACAUUUUGCCGAAAGCGAUGCUAA